AUGAGGAUCUUCACACGUGCCUUGUUCUUAUUUUUGGCUUCCUUCAUCAUUGUCGUCACAGCUCAAAAUAAAAAAGUGCUGGACAUCGCAAGUUACAAAGGGCUCCCUAAUGGAGAUAUAACUCAGGCUUUGACCAAAGCAUGGGAAGAAGCAUGUUCAGGCACAGACCCAGUACGAAUUUAUAUAAAAAAUGGAAAGUACAGAAUGGGUGACAUACAAAUGAAAGGGCCAUGCAAGGCUCCUUCCAUAGAGUUAUUUAAUGAUGGCACAAUCGAAGCACCAGGAGAUAUGACUCUAUUACACGGUGUUGCACAAUGGAUUCGAGUUGAAUACGUCAAUAACUUCACGUUAUCAGGCCAUGGAGUCUUUGAUGGCCUAGGUCCUUCUUCCUGGCACCAAAAUAAUUGUGCCAAAAAUGUCAAUUGCAAAAUGCUUACAAUGAAUUUUGGGUUCAGUUUCCUCAACAAUUCGGUUAUUAGGGAUGUGACAUCAAAGGACAGCAAAAACUUUCAUGUGAAUGUAUUGGGAUGCAAUAACAUUGAGUUUAAUAACUUCAAAGUUAGUGCGCCUGAAGAUAGUCCGAAUACAGACGGAAUCCAUGUCGGAAGAUCAACUGAUGUGAGAAUCCUGCACAGUAGCAUUGGUACUGGAGAUGAUUGUAUCUCGUUGGGUGAUGGCAGUGUAAAUGUGACUGUGGAGGAUGUCACGUGUGGACCUGGCCAUGGCAUUAGUGUUGGAAGUGUUGGAAAAUUUGUAGAGGAAACUCCAAUUGAUAAAUUCACAGUCAAGAACUGCACAAUCUCUAACACAAUGAAUGGUGUGAGGAUCAAGACAUGGCCUGCCGCCCCAGGAAGUAUUACAAUAACAAAUAUGCACUUUGAGGAUAUUACAAUGAACAAUGUCUCUAACCCCGUCAUCAUAGACCAAGAGUACUGUCCAUGGAAUCAAUGCAACAAAAAGAUCCCAUCCAAGGUAAAGAUAAGUGAUGUGACUUUCAAGAACAUUAGGGGAACUUCUGGAACAAAAGAAGGGGUAAUACUUAUAUGUAGUGCGGGUGUACCGUGUGAGAAUGUCAACCUCAGCAAUGUUCAGCUCACAUUUAACGGAAGUGAAGUAGUGGCCAAAUGUUCUAAUGCCAAGCCCAUUGUUACAGGAGUAGCACCUGCUUGUGAAGCAGGAGCAACAGCAGCAGCUUAA